AUGUCUGGUGACCAUGACUUUCGCAUGGAUGAUGUUGACAUCUUACGAGAGCACCCAGUGAGACGAGGACCAAAACCAAAGAAAAUUCAUUGGAAACAACGGGUUCAUACAACAGAUGGUGGAGCCUCAACUGCUGAAGAACCAGAAGUGAAAAGGCGAGCAGAAGUGUUGGAUGAACAUGGGAAAAUUGGUGUCACCAUCUCCAAGACUGCCAAGACACAAGAACGACAAGAUGCUGGGAAAAAAAACGAAUCUUUCUUCAAUCAAUACCUCCUCUGA